AUGCCUCCCAGUGGAAUAGCGACACCAGCACUCGAGAUACGGCUACCUAAUCUCAUGGGCUACUGUCCAUUGCCAAUCUUUAUAAACCAGCGUUAUCGUUGGCUCAAGGAGCGCUCUACCCUCUGGAUACUAGAGCAUGGGUUCAUGUCUCUGCAGAAUCAGGAAUCCUGGGACGGGGAGCUGCUGGCCAGUGUUGCACACCCACACGCCGGCAAAGACGAGCUCAAGACCGCCUGCGAUUUCUUUAAUCUCCUCAUGGCCGCCGAUGAUUUAACAGAUACGCAGGGUGCGCGCAAUGCUCAGAUGACCUGUGAUGUAUUUCUUGGUUCAUUGCGCGACCCUUCAAUGCCCUCCUCCUCGAAUUUCUCCAGAGCGGUGGCUGACUUCGCCAAGCGGUACAAACUACGGGCCUCUUCAAAUGCUCACGCAAGAUUUAUGAAGCAUAUGGAGUCGUACUUGCAAACAGUCGCAUCCCAAGCCACGCUGCGCGACAAUCAUGUCACACCGGCGCUUGAGCUGUUCAUCAUCCAGCGACGAGAGAACUGCUGCAUGAAAGCGUGCUACGACCUAAUAGAGCUGGAACUCGGCAUUGAUUUACCCAACAAGAUAUACGGCGACCCAGAGUUUCUGGUAGCGUACGAAGCAGCGGUCGACCUCGCAUGGUUGGGUAAUGAUAUUUAUUCGUUCUUCAAAGAGAUUGAACACGGUCAAGGGGGUUACAAUGUGAUCACAGUGUACAUGGUGCAAUUGCGCAUGGAUAUACAAGCUGCAUUCGACUACGCCGGCGCAGAAUUCCGAAGGAUUUGGGAUCGAUUCCAAGCUGCGAAGGCUAGCAUGCCUUCGUUCGGUGAUGAACACGAUGACGAUGUCCGCCGCUUCAUAGAAGGGCUAGAGAUUUGGUGUAUUGGGAAUAUAUACUGGUCAUUUGAGAGUCGACGUUAUUUCGGGGAGCAGGGACGUCAGGUCAUGGCAACACAAAUAUGUUCCGUACAGACCAAGGCAUCAAUUAUUUGA